CAGUUUUUUUCGAACAGUUGGCAGCGCUGGUCAGGAGGACGAAUAUUUUGUCUGUCUUCGCUGAAAUUUGUAAUAUAUUUGCGCAUAUUCUAGACGCUUUUUAAUCAUUUGACUUGUCCGAUAUGUAGCACAGAUUCCGACAGAUCCGGAAUUGUUGAACAAUUGUCUGUAGGUGUUUGAUAAUAGGUGGGAAGAGUGAUUUUAUUUGCGUUCAAAUUGUGAAUUCUUUUGUUGUUGAGUGCCACCACAAGAAAAUUGGAUUAUCGCAAGUAGGAGUAGCGAGAAGAAGAAAUUCGUCGUAAAAGAUUCUGCUUCGAAGUCAGAAAAGUGCUUAUGGAUUGGUCCGUACGUCGGGUCUUAUGUAUGUGGUUCUUUUUGUAACUGCUGGCACCUGCUGCUCGCAGAAUCAGCACAUAGCUACUCGAGGAAUAUUUCAGGGUAUAAGCUUCCGUAUUGAAAAAAAAAACUUGAUCGUGCCGAGAAUCAGUUGUUUAUACGGAAGCCAGGAUGGCUGCGCUGAUAGACGAGGACCGUCAUAAAAGGCUUCUAGCCUUAGAGGAAAAGAUGCGUGAUCCGGGAAGUAUCGCCAAUAUUGAUUGUCUUCUUGACACGGUGACGGCAUUGGUUGCGGAUUGUGAUCACGACAAUGUGAAAAUCAUCAAAAAUAUUGAGACAUACAUUAAACGAUACAAAGAAUUGGCUCGUGAAGUCAAUGAGUUACGUAUGAAACCGGACGAUUUUAUACCGAUCAAGCUGAUUGGUCGCGGGUCUUUCGGUGAGGUGCAACUGGUGCGUCACAAAACAUCCAAACAAGUAUAUGCCAUGAAAAGGUUGUCCAAGUAUGAAAUGAUCACUCGUUCGGAUACAGCUUUUUUCUGGGAGGAGCGCUACAUCAUGGCUCAUGCUAAUUCGGAAUGGAUCGUUCAACUUCAUUACGCCUUUCAAGACAGUAAAUAUCUCUAUAUGGUUAUGGAUUACAUGCCCGGUGGAGACAUUGUUAGUUUAAUGAACAUCUACGAGAUUCCGGAAAAAUGGGCUAUAUUCUACACAAUGGAAGUGGUGUUGGCACUAGAUACAAUACAUAAUAUGGGAUUUAUUCACCGAGAUGUUAAACCAGAUAAUAUGUUGCUGGAUAAGUAUGGACACCUUAAACUUGCUGAUUUUGGUACGUGCAUGAGAAUGGGGCCUGAUGGGUUAGUACGCUCAUCGAAUGCUGUCGGAACACCGGAUUACAUUAGUCCAGAAGUGCUGCAAUUUCAAGGUGCUCAAGGUGGUUACGGGCGCGAGUGUGAUUGGUGGUCGGUUGGAAUAUUUCUGUACGAGAUACUGAUUGGCGACACUCCAUUCUACUCCGACAGUUUAGUGGGCACUUAUAGCAAGAUUAUGGAUCAUGAAAAUUCUCUACACUUCCCACAGGAUGCUGCUAUAAGCCAGAAUGCAAAGUCUCUUAUUAAGGGGUUUCUCGCGGAUCGAACAAAGCGGUUAGGUCGACACAGUGUUGAUGAGAUUAAAUGCCAUCCGUUCUUCCAGAACGAUGUGUGGACUUUCGAAAACCUACGUGAAUCAGUUCCUCCUGUUGUACCGGAACUGAGUAGCGAUGACGAUACUCGUAACUUUGACGAAAUCGAAAGAAAAAACAGUGUAGAAGCUAACUUUCCCACACCGACUACUUUUUCCGGUGAUCAUUUACCGUUUAUCGGAUUCACGUACACUGGAGAUUAUCAGUUGCUGUCUAGUGGUGCUCAAGACAAUGUGGACAACAAGACGACAACGUUGACCACAUCACAUCGUAACCACCAACGGCACCGAUCGUCUAACAAUGCAGAAUUACUUCGGUUGGAAAAUAUGCUUCAACGCGAAAGGAACACCAUUGAAAUGCUGGAGAAACAGGAGAGAACACUGCGGCAGCAAAUUGAGUUGAUAACGCAACGUGAGACCGAAAUACAAAAUCUUGCCAACAGUUACGAAAAAGAACUCACUAUGCUAAAGCAUAAUUUCCGAGAGAUGCAAAGGAAAGCUGACAGCGAGCAGGACGUUCGACGGAAAACAGAAAACAUGCUACUGGAAACGAAGCAGCGGCUAGAAGAGGAAAAAAGCAAACGCACCCGUGAAAUGAAUAACAACCAGCAGUGCAAUGACAAGAUUAAUAUGCUAGAGAAACAACUUACCGAUAUGCAGGAAAAGUACAAGAAUGAAACGGAAAACAGUCAGAAGUGGAAAAAACAGGUGACUGAAUUACGCUUAUCGAAAACGGACACGGAACAAAAAGCCAACGAUCUGCAAUCAAUGCUAGCUGGUUUGCAAACAGCUCGUGAUGUCCUUCAACAAGAAGUAGCGGAUUUACAGUCACGGUUGGCACAGGAACGAAAUGCCCGAAUCCAAAUGGCAGAACUACAAACAGAACUGGAAGGCAAGAUUCAUUCACUCGGUAGUGAUUUGGAGAGAUCAAUUACACGAGAACAACAGGCACUAGAGGACAAUCGAAGCUUAACUGAUAAGAUUUCCGAUCUUGAAAAGGAAAACGCUUCGAUCGAGUGUGAGCUUAAAGCAGUUCAGUGUCGAUACCAUCAAGAAGUGAAAGCUCACCAGGAAACGGAAAAAUCCCGACAGCUAAAUAACGAAGAGGCUAACAUGCAGGAGGUUAAAGCCCUUCAAACAAAGUUAAACGAAGAGAAAGUGGGUCGCCAGAAAGCCGAGCAAAAUUCCCAAGAAAAAGAACGUCAGAUUUCUAUGCUCUCAGUAGACUAUAGACAAAUUCAGCAAAGAUUACAAAAGCUUGAAGGUGAAUACAGACAGGAAUCAGAAAAAGUGCUAGCUUUGCACAGUCAGCUUGAGCAGGAGCAAAAUAAAAAGAGCACUCUUCUAUCGGAACUCAGCUUGCAAAGCUCGGAAGUUGCACAUCUAAAAGCCAAGGAAAUGCAACUGGUGAAAGAGGUACAACAGUUUCGCGAGACGAAACGUAAAUAUGAGGAAGAUAUAGUCAAAAUUAAGAACGCCCAUAAUGUAGAUAUUCUUCAGAUGAAGGAACUUCAAGAUCAACUGGAAGCCGAGCAGUACUUUUCUCGGCUCUACAAAACACAAAGCAACGAGGUACGCGAAGAGUUGGAAGAGAAAACUCGACAACAUCAAGAGCUCGAUGAGGAACGCAGUUCUGUUCUGCACCAGUUGCAGCUUGCAAUGGCUCGAGCAGAUUCGGAAGCUCUUGCUCGUUCCAUAGCCGAAGAAACGGUGGCUGAUCUGGAAAAAGAGAAAACCAUGAAGGAACUCGAGCUAAAGGAUCUUAUAACAAAACAUCGUAAUGAGCUGUCAACCAAAGAAGCGACCCUGACUACCCUCAAGGAUCUUGAGACUGAGAUUAACAAAAAAUUGAACAACAAGUUGUUUGAGAUUGAUGAUUUAACUCAGCAGAAUCGCAAGCUACAAGACGAACUCGGGCAGCUCAAGAGCGAACAGAGUGAGAUGGAGAAACUACGCACAAAACUGAAGACUGAGACAAUGUUGAAACAACAGGCGGUCAACAAGUUGGCCGAAAUCAUGAAUCGAAAAGAUAAUAAUCUAACCGGAAAACAGAAGAGCAAAGUCAACUCCACGGCAGAUUUGAGAAAGAAGGAAAAGGAAAAUAAACGCCUCCAGCAGGAACUGUCGGUUGAACGAACUAAGUAUGACGAACUGUGUUUGAAGCAUAAUGAAACCAUCAGCCAAUUAUCAAGAGAAAUUGAUAUAAAAACCAAACUCCAGAUGGAAAUCGAAUGCAAGGCAACGGAGAUUGAACACCUGCAGAUGAAGUUGAACGAAACGGCAUCGCUGUCAUCUGCUGACAACGACACCGUCGAGGAUAACCAGGAUGCUAUAUUCGAAGGGUGGUUAAGCAUACCUAACAAGCAGAACAUAAAACGCUACGGUUGGAAAAAGCAGUUUGUGGUCGUUUCUCCAAAACGAAUUAUUUUCUACAGUACGGAAGUUGAUAAACAGCACGCUAUCGAUCCGCUGCUUAUAAUUGACCUUAGUAAAGUUUUUCACGUCCGGCCAGUUACGCAAGGGGACGUAAUUCGGGCCGAUCCCAAAGAAAUUCCAAGAAUAUUUCAAUUACUAUAUGCAGGAGAAGGCGAAGCUAGAAGACCCGAUGAGCAACAACAGUUGGACGUUAGCUCGUCUAAAGCAGAUGAACGAUUUCUGACUUUGCAGUACAAAGGUCAUGAAUUCCUUCAAAUCAGUUACCACAUACCAACCACGUGUGAUCUACCAUCGUGCCAAAAGGCCCUAUGGCACGUGUUCAAAUCAUUGCCUGCAUAUGAGUGCAAAAGAUGUCGUUUCAAGCUGCACAAAGAACAUGUGGACAACAACAAUCCGUUGGCACCUUGCAAGUUGCACCAUGAUCCGAAUCAUGCUCGCGAGAUGCUUCUUCUUGCCACAUCCAACGAAGAUCAGAAUCGAUGGGUAAGUCGACUUUCGAAGCGAAUCCAGAAAAGCGGCUACAAAGCCAAUUCUACCAAUAAUCUUGGUGGAGCAGGAGGCAGCACUAGCAGUAACAGCAGUGGCAAUGGUGAGGGAAGUAAAAUAUCUCCCAGUCAAUCAACACGUUCCAAUUACAAACCAUAUGCAGUUAAUGUGCAGCGGUCAGCUACCCUGCCGGCGAAUGCAUCUCUGAAGCAGCAGCAGUAGACUUUUUCACAAAGAUGAACAAACAAAAUGCAUUCUCUCGUCUCCUCAAAUACUUUGAGGAAGAACAAUGAGAAGCGAAUGAUGGAAGCUGUUAAUACUAUUUUAAUUUUCGCGGUAACAAGUGUAACUACUAAAAUAUAUUAGCAUCUAGUGAUAGUCGAGACAAUAACCGAUAUACUUUUAUCUGCUCUGGAAUUCGCUGAAAUAUAAAAAAAAUGCCAAACAGCAGCUCAAACUUCAUUAGACAAUAAAAUGAGCUUUUUCAUGUUAAGGCAAAGUGAUUGCAUUUAGACAUUUCUGAUACUGAUUCAUAUCAUAUAACUAGGCCUAUUUAACGAAAAGAUUCGCCACAUACGACUUAUUUUAGAAAUUUCUCAAACCUGAGAAAAAGGUUCAAAUCGAAUAGAGAUGGACUACACCCUGCGCUGUCAUAAUUUUCACAUUCUAUCAAGCUGUUCUCACAUUUUAAAACAUUGAAUCAAAAAACUGUUUCUUUGGAUUUUAACCGGUCAACUGGACAUUCCCGCUAUGUUACAAACUGCUUUUCCUCUGCUUCGGCUAAUCGUGACUGACUAAACUAAUUUUUAACUAUUUCUCUUGGUUGUUUUUAAUCAAUGUUUACUUAAAUCUUUAUUAACACCAACAAACCGAUGAUGAAAAAAUAUACUUAGUUGUUCGUAAAUUAUUCGUUUUUAUUAAGAAAAACAAUCAAACUGUAUCGUAAGCAAAAAGUUAGCAUUUGUUCUAGUGUCUUGAAUGGUAUGUCGAUAAACUGUUAGGAUUCGAUAAUAAUCAUGAAAUAGGUAUGGACAACCAUGGAGUUCUAAAUUCCAAAAUAAAACAAAACAAAACGGAAAAGUGGAAUACCAGUGCAGCUUUCAUUGGAGGAUAGUUGUGCACCAACGUGUAUUUGUAGCUAGCAUUUAGGUUUUUUAAUAAAUUCCGUUAAAGUUGUACAGUAUGUAAUCGUUAUCGCAUAUACACACACAUGAAUAU